AACGCAUGCUUUCAGUGAUUGCAAUGUGUUUUGGUUUACAGAUUGCACUCAACUCUGCACUCAAUUGCAGUCAAUGUUAGACUGUUUGUGGCGAAAGUCUUGAGACAAUCAGUUGAUCCAAAAGUGACCACAAGUGACCACUCGUGAGACAAUUGCAAAAUGACCAGGUACGCUCGCAAAAAGGGUAAAAACCCACCGAAUAGACGGAUCGGCAAACGCGCCCUCAAGACGAAGACAUACAAGAAGGACUUGGAUCUCAUUAAACAACAGCUGAUCCAUACCAUCGCCAACGCUGACAGUCAACCACUGGACACCGCAAAGACAUCGGACGAUACUAACGAUGAGGACAUUGAUUACGAUUUGCCCGCAAAUGGACAGCACGUGUGUCAACACUGCGAUCGCUAUUUCAUUGACGAAAAGGCAUUCAAAGAUCACAACAAAAGUAAAGCCCAUAAGAAGAGAGUCCGGCUCUUAAGGGAUGAGCCGUACAGUCAGGAGGAGGCCGAGAGGGCUGCCGGGAUGGGCUCCUACACCACAAACACCACUAAGGCAUCCGUCAGUAAUAAGACACCCGUUAUGGACACCGAGUGACGCAUCCAUUCAUUAAUAGUUUAUUUUGUUUUAUAAUUGUUAUAAUGUUUGAAACAAAU